AUGCCGCCGACAAGGCAAAGGAGAAUAGCCAUGAUGGGAUACAGAUCUGUUGGAAAAACGUCACUUGUGUUACGUUUUGUAACCUGUAAAUUUGAUGAGGGAUAUGAUCCAACAAUUGAAAACACAUACACAAAGAGUGUGAAUGUUGCUGGACAGGUUUACCAACUUCAGGUCAUAGAUACUGCUGGACAGGAUGAAUAUUCUGUAACACCCAAUGAUUAUUACAUGAAUGUUGAUGGGUAUAUUUUGGUGUACUCGAUAACCUCACAAAGAAGCCUUGAUAUAAUAAAAUUGAUUUACAACAAGAUUAGUGACAUGAAGGGCAAAAUUUGGGUCCCAAUAGUUUUAGUUGGCAACAAAACAGACCUUGAAGAAGACAGAGCAGUUACAAUGGAAGAUGGGAAAAAACUGGCUGAUGAGUGGAGCAUUCCUUUCCUGGAAGUGUCUGCAAAGACGGACGAGGUUACUACAAAAGAUAUCAAAGGUUCACGGUCGGUGGAAGAAGUGUUUGCGCAGUUGAUAAAAGCUAUUCAACGGAGAGAAACAGUCAAAGACAAGAACUGCUUAGUAUCGUAA